GUGGCUUCUUUACUGUAGCCAUUUAUGUGUUGAGGGUUCAUCUCUCUGCUCUGGAAGUUGACUGAAUUUGAGGAACAUGUUUGUGAACAAAAAAGGCCUGGAUCUUCAAAACUACUCAGAGCAUUCUAUUGGGAAGAAGCUCCAAGGCCAGCUUUCCCACAGUACACUCAUGGUUAACUAUCCCACAAAUGGGACAGAACUUGAAUUUUCUCCCUCUAAUCCCUCUCACUCAGAUGCCUGCAGCCUCAAAUUUUUAUGUCACUUCAAUGGAUGUCACCAAUCUGAUUUCUCUUUUACCUCCAUAGGAUCAGUGUCCUGUGUUCCUGUGAUGGUGUGAGGCAUUGGGGUAUAAAGGAGAGAAGGUUUGCAGGGAAAGGAGUAUGGCAAGACAGUCAACCUGGGGCAAGGGAUCCCUGGGACAAGCUCUGAUCUGAGUGACCUGGGUCUACCAUUCUAUUCUUUUGGAAAUUCCAUUUCCAUCUGGAGCUUUCAUCUUUGGAGGCUCCCUCUAUGUCACUAAACCCAGGCAUCCCAUUCUUCCUUCUACUCUGUCUUCCUCAAGCUCCUCACUGGGCCUCAGGGAGGGUCCUAGAAUGUGGAAUUGCCUCUGACCCUAACCUUAGAGACUAGGGGAAGGGGCAGCAUUGAAUCUUUGAUCUCUGGACAUGGAGUGGGGAAAGAAAUGAAUUUACUACCUAUUCAUCCAGAAUAGGAUGUAUGCUCCACCUUCUUCUGCUCUAACCCCUUUCUCAUUCAGAUGCUAACAAAAGCCAUCUUUUCCCUACCACAAGAGCUCUCCCUUCCAGUGGGACUGGGGUGGACUGAGGGAGAAGCGGGAAGGGUAGCCCUUUCAUGUGUCUGACUUUGUGGUCAGGUGAGCUCCCCAACUUCCUCUGUCUUCCAGAUGUUUAGCUCUCAGCAUCUCAUGAACCUACACAUACAUACAUACUACAGUUUUUCUUUCCUGUAGCUGUGUAACUUUUCUUUAACUUGCCUGCUGCUACCUUCCCAGUACCUGUCUUCUGUAGCUAUUUGGAUGCCCUUUCCUUUUCCUAGACACCUACUCCCAAGUUCUCUCUGUUUUUCUUUUGCCAUUUUGCCUUCUUAUUUCCCCAAAGUAGAUGGAGAGCUUUUUCACCCCACUCUGUCCCCCAACACGUACCCUUUUUGUCAUGAUAUAAUUCUCUCUGAGCCAUCCCUCUGUAUUUCUCCUCCCGAGUCAAUAGAGCCUCCAGUGAGACACCCACCCUCCUCUCUUAACCAUCUAGACAAAAGGGCUUGUUUUCUGUUCCUGAAGUUGCCAGGUGUCUCUGUCUUCAACUGUGGUUUCCUUCAUGCAAAGGACAUCCCCUUAUCCCACUCUGUGGACUCUUGCCAUGUUAGGUCCCUGCUCCCAAAUGCACAGCCUUCCUUACUAUUUCUGUGUAUCUCUGUCCCCCAGAUGUACGGGGACCCCCUAUGCACCGAACCCAAUACGUUCAUUCCCCGUAUGAUCGUCCUGGUUGGAACCCUCGGUUCUGCAUCAUCUCGGGGAACCAGCUGCUCAUGCUGGAUGAGGACGAGAUACAUCCCCUUCUGAUCCGGGACCGGAGGAGCGAGUCCAGCCGCAACAAACUGCUGAGACGCACGGUCUCCGUGCCUGUGGAGGGGCGGCCCCACGGCGAGCAUGAAUACCACUUGGGUCGCUCGAGGAGGAAGAGUGUCCCAGGGGGGAAGCAGUACAGCAUGGAGGCCGCCCCCGCUGCGCCCUUCCGGCCCUCGCAAGGCUUCCUGAGUCGGCGGCUAAAAAGCUCCAUCAAACGCACGAAGUCACAACCGAAACUUGACCGGACCAGCAGCUUUCGCCAGAUCCUGCCUCGCUUCCGAAGUGCUGACCAUGACCGGGCCCGGCUGAUGCAAAGCUUUAAGGAAUCACACUCCCAUGAGUCCUUGCUGAGUCCUAGCAGUGCAGCCGAGGCCUUGGAACUCAACUUGGAUGAAGAUUCCAUUAUCAAGCCAGUGCACAGCUCCAUCCUAGGCCAGGAGUUCUGUUUUGAGGUAACAACAUCAUCAGGAACAAAAUGUUUUGCUUGUCGGUCUGCGGCGGAAAGGGAUAAAUGGAUCGAGAACCUACAGCGGGCAGUGAAACCCAACAAGGACAACAGUCGCCGGGUAGACAAUGUACUGAAGCUGUGGAUUAUAGAGGCCCGGGAGCUGCCGCCCAAGAAGCGGUACUACUGCGAGCUCUGCCUGGAUGACAUGCUGUAUGCACGCACCACCUCCAAGCCCCGCUCCGCCUCAGGGGACACUGUCUUCUGGGGCGAGCACUUCGAAUUUAACAACCUGCCGGCUGUCCGUGCCCUGCGGCUGCAUCUGUACCGUGACUCAGACAAAAAGCGCAAGAAGGACAAGGCAGGCUAUGUUGGCCUAGUGACUGUGCCAGUGGCCACCCUGGCUGGGCGCCACUUCACGGAGCAGUGGUACCCUGUAACCCUGCCAACAGGCAGUGGGGGCUCUGGGGGUAUGGGCUCAGGAGGGGGAGGGGGCUCAGGGGGCGGCUCAGGGGGUAAGGGCAAGGGAGGUUGCCCAGCUGUGCGGCUGAAGGCACGGUACCAGACGAUGAGCAUCCUGCCCAUGGAGCUGUACAAAGAGUUUGCAGAGUAUGUCACCAACCAUUAUCGGAUGCUGUGUGCAGUCCUAGAGCCCGCCCUCAAUGUCAAAGGCAAGGAGGAAGUUGCCAGUGCACUGGUUCAUAUCCUGCAGAGUACAGGCAAAGCCAAGGAUUUCCUUUCAGACAUGGCCAUGUCUGAGGUAGACCGGUUCAUGGAACGGGAGCACCUCAUAUUUCGCGAGAACACGCUCGCCACUAAAGCCAUAGAAGAGUAUAUGAGACUGAUUGGUCAGAAAUACCUCAAGGAUGCCAUUGGGGAGUUCAUCCGUGCUCUGUAUGAGUCUGAGGAGAACUGUGAGGUGGACCCCAUCAAGUGCACGGCAUCCAGUCUGGCAGAGCACCAGGCCAACCUGAGAAUGUGCUGUGAGUUGGCCCUGUGCAAGGUGGUCAACUCUCACUGCGUGUUCCCGAGGGAGCUGAAGGAGGUGUUUGCAUCAUGGCGGCUGCGCUGCGCAGAGCGGGGCCGGGAGGACAUCGCAGACAGGCUGAUCAGCGCUUCACUCUUCCUGCGCUUCCUCUGCCCAGCCAUCAUGUCGCCCAGCCUCUUUGGGCUCAUGCAGGAGUAUCCAGAUGAGCAGACCUCACGAACCCUUACCCUCAUCGCCAAGGUCAUCCAGAACCUGGCCAACUUUUCCAAGUUUACCUCAAAGGAGGACUUCCUGGGAUUCAUGAAUGAGUUCCUGGAGCUGGAGUGGGGUUCAAUGCAGCAAUUCCUGUACGAGAUCUCCAACCUGGACACGCUGACCAAUAGCAGUAGCUUUGAGGGUUACAUUGACCUGGGCCGAGAGCUCUCCACACUGCAUGCCCUGCUCUGGGAGGUGCUGCCCCAGCUCAGCAAGGAAGCACUCCUGAAGCUGGGCCCACUGCCCCGGCUCCUCAACGACAUUAGCACAGCUCUGAGGAACCCCAACAUCCAAAGGCAGCCGAGCCGCCAGAGUGAACGGCCCCGGCCUCAACCCGUGGUGCUGCGGGGACCAUCAGCCGAGAUGCAGGGCUACAUGAUGCGGGACCUCAACAGCUCCAUCGACCUUCAGUCCUUCAUGGCUCGAGGCCUCAACAGCUCCAUGGACAUGGCUCGCCUCCCCUCCCCCACCAAGGAAAAGCCGCCCCCACCACCACCAGGUGGGGGUAAAGACCUGUUCUAUGUCAGCCGUCCGCCUCUGGCCCGCUCGUCGCCAGCAUACUGCACAAGCAGCUCGGAUAUCACGGAGCCAGAGCAGAAGAUGCUGAGCGUCAACAAGAGUGUGUCCAUGCUGGACCUGCAGGGUGACGGGCCCGGUGGCCGCCUCAACAGCAGCAGUGUUUCCAACCUGGCAGCUGUUGGGGACCUGCUGCACUCAAGCCAGGCCUCUCUGACAGCAGCCUUGGGGUUGCGGCCUGCACCUGCUGGACGCCUCUCCCAGGGGAGUGGCUCGUCCAUCACAGCAGCUGGCAUGCGACUCAGCCAGAUGGGUGUCACCACGGACGGUGUCCCUGCUCAGCAACUGCGCAUCCCCCUCUCCUUCCAGAACCCUCUCUUCCACAUGGCUGCCGAUGGGCCAGGCCCCCCAGCAGGCCAUGGGGGAGGUGGUGGUCAUGGCCCACCCUCCUCCCAUCACCAUCACCACCACCAUCACCACCAUCGAGGUGGUGAGCCCCCUGGGGACACUUUCGCCCCAUUCCAUGGCUAUAGCAAGAGUGAGGAUCUGUCCUCAGGGGUCCCCAAGCCCCCUGCCGCCUCCAUUCUUCACAGCCACAGCUACAGUGAUGAGUUUGGACCCUCUGGCACUGACUUCACCCGUCGGCAGCUCUCACUCCAGGACAACUUGCAGCACAUGUUGUCUCCUCCCCAGAUCACCAUCGGUCCCCAGAGGCCAGCCCCUUCAGGGCCCGGAGGUGGGGGCAGUGGGGGCAGCGGCGGGGGUGGUGGAGGCCAGCCACCGCCUCUGCAGAGGGGCAAGUCCCAGCAGUUGACGGUCAGCGCCGCUCAGAAACCCCGGCCAUCCAGCGGGAAUCUGUUGCAGUCCCCAGAACCAAGUUAUGGCCCCGCCCGUCCACGGCAACAGAGCCUCAGCAAGGAGGGCAGCAUUGGGGGCAGCGGGGGCAGCGGUGGCGGAGGGGGUGGGGGGCUCAAGCCCUCCAUCACCAAGCAGCAUUCUCAGACACCAUCCACAUUGAACCCCACGAUGCCAGCCUCAGAGCGCACAGUGGCCUGGGUCUCCAAUAUGCCUCACCUGUCAGCUGACAUCGAGAGUGCCCACAUUGAGCGGGAAGAGUACAAGCUCAAGGAAUACUCGAAAUCGAUGGAUGAGAGCCGGCUGGAUAGGGAGUACGAGGAGGAGAUCCACUCACUGAAGGAGCGGCUGCACAUGUCCAAUCGGAAGUUGGAAGAGUACGAGCGGAGGCUGCUAUCCCAGGAAGAACAGACCAGCAAGAUCCUGAUGCAGUAUCAGGCCCGGCUGGAACAGAGUGAGAAGAGGCUGAGGCAGCAGCAGGUGGAAAAGGAUUCGCAGAUCAAGAGCAUCAUCGGCAGGCUGAUGCUGGUGGAGGAGGAGCUGCGCCGGGACCACCCCGCCAUGGCUGAGCCGCUGCCCGAACCCAAGAAGAGGCUGCUCGACGCUCAGGAGAGGCAGCUUCCCCCCUUGGGUCCAACAAACCCGCGUGUGACGCUGGCCCCACCUUGGAACGGCCUGGCCCCCCCAGCCCCGCCUCCCCCACCCCGGCUGCAGAUCACGGAGAACGGCGAGUUCCGCAACACCGCAGACCACUAGCCCACCCAGCCUCACCGACCACCUACUCCUUCCCCGUGCACCCCACCCCAUAACAGCACCGACCACCAGGACUGGACGGCACCGAGGGACAGCAGGAUUGCCUCCCUGAAUGCCCCCCACCCCACUGCACCACUCCCAGGAGGGAGAGCGCCUUCUUUUCCUUCCUGUCGGGGUGCUGCCCCUCUGCCCACCCCAGGGACCCUUGCCCCAGGAUGCCUACCCACACAGACCCCCUUCACUCCGGGGUGCUAUCCCCACCCUCUGCCUCAUCGUUCCCCUGAGCACUGGGGGACAGACCCUCAACCCCCACCCUGGGGGUGUGGCACCUCCAAACUUUCAACUUCAGGGUGAUUUUUUAGCAGUAACCAGAGCUGACAAUCUAACUCCCCUCCACCGCCCCAUUUUGGCCUCCCCUGCCCCCCUUGUUAUGGGGAGGGGACCCCGGGUGAGGGGGCCCUAUUACCCCUUGAUUUCUCAGGAGCGUCUGGGGGGGCUCAGCACGCACAAACUCCUUCUCCUCCCACCACUCUUAAAUUUACUCCCUCCCCACCCAGGACCCAGAUGGGGUGGAGGGGGCCACCAGGGCAGGAGGGGGCGGCAAGGGGAGAAUGGGAGUUUUCUCCCUUUCUCCCCACACCUGAUCUGCUCUCGGCUGGUCCCAGAGCGGGGUGAGGGGGCUUCUGCCCCCCCCUGCCCCAGUGUGUUGGGUGGGGGUGGAAUUGAGGUGAGGGUGAUGGGGUAGGGUUUAGGAGGGUGUGUAUGUUGGAAGGACAGACUUGUUGAUCUGCCCUGCACUGACAUACAUCGUCCGCCCCUCCCGCCCCUCCCCUCUCUUGGUCUCUGCUCCCAGGGGGAGGGGGGAACUUACUCUAGGAAAAGCCAUGUCUCUCUCCCCCAGGGUGGGGGGACCUGUGUUGGAGGAGGGGUAUUGGGGGGGGCUCCCCUUCCAUGACUCUGUCCCCUGGGGGAUGUAAGGACAGGGCUGGGCUUCCCUCAUCCUCCCCCUCCUCCCCCCUCAAUCUCCCUCCACCUCUCUCCCUCCCGCCAGCUCCACGAUUUUUCGGUGUUUCUCUGUACAUAGCUCUCUGGCGGGACAGGGGAGGUAGGAUGGAUUGGGGUUUGGGGUGGGCAGGCCACGGGAGGGAAGAAGCCCCUCCUUGGCACCCCCUCUUCCCUGACUGCUGUCCCCUUCCCAGCCUCGUCCCCUCCCCCCUCCUGGCGUUUGGUAUGGAGACUUUCCCAGACCCCUUCCCCUCUUUCUUUUGUAUGGACAGCCCACCCCUCAUCCCCUUCAGUAUCAUCCCUCUACACUCAUACACCCAGCCGGGGCCAAAUUUAUACUUAUAUAAAAGUUGUAAAUAUGUGAAAUUUUAUCCCCAUGCCCUUCUGCUUUCCCCACCUCAGGCCUUUCCCUCUUUGGCCUCCUCCUUUCCUCUCCCCUUUGGCUGUUGUAAUUAUCUGGGGUUUGUACUGUACAUAUCCGGGGUGUGUGUGUGUGGGCUGGGGGCGCCCCCCUGUACAGAGCUUCCUGGCCCCCUCCCCCCCGCCCCUUCGCUUCCCUCCCCACCACCCCAAGGGUAGGGAGAUGCUCUUCCUACCUGUUUUAUUUUGUUUUCUCGUUCUCCCUCCCCGCCCCCACUCCCAGCCUUCUGUCCUCCACCACUGUCCCUUUUUUCUCCACUCCCAGCCCCAUUUCCUUUUUUUCUGGAGUGUGUGGUGAAACAGAAAAAUCAUGUUUAAUAAAAGGAUAUUGUUCUUUUAUCACUGUGCCGACUUUCUUAGCCUGGGAC